GGCAACACUGCUGCUCCCACUAUUUGUUUCCACGGUUUCCCCUUUCAACUGUCACACUUUUGCCUCUGCAUCAAAAAGUGAAAUUCAUUCUCCAUUAUUUGUUGCAUUUUGUGUAUGUGCAGUGUGCACUUGUGCAUUUAAUUUUCUCUUUUGAACAUUGUGGGUGUAGCCGUAGUCUAGUGUCUCUAAUAAAAGUCGAACGCAAUCAUGUCUUCUAAACCAGCAGUUCUCGGCAAGGAUCUUGUGGAGAACUUCAAGAAGGCUUUCUUCAAGGAUGAGAAAAAUAUUCUUGCUCAGAAUGUUUGCACCAAGAUCGACCCUUUCGAGCUUUCUCUCAGCAGGAAGCAAAUCGAAGAAACUCAGCAUGUAUUUAACACCAAAAUUGACGCCGAAGGUAAACCCUUAACCAACCAGAAAAGAUCAGGACGUUGCUGGUUAUUUGCAGCACUAAACGUAAUUCGCCUUCCCAUCAUCAAACACUUCAACCUGGAAGACUUUGAACUCUCCCAAGGAUAUUUAUUCUUCUGGGACAAAAUCGAACGAUGCAACUUCUUUUUGAAUAACAUAGUCGAAACUGCCAGGAGAAAUGAGCCUGUUGAUGGCAGAUUAACGUCGUUUUUGUUAUAUGAUCCUACUUGUGACGGUGGCCAAUGGGACAUGAUAGUCAACUUAAUCAACAAAUAUGGUCUGAUGCCCAAAAAGAAUUUCCCGGAAUCUUUCAGUUGCGAAAUGAGCGACAGGAUGAACCAAAUAUUGAAGAGCAAGCUCAGAGAAUUCGCCAGAGCUAUCAGGGAACUGAUCCAAAAAGGGGGCAGCGAUGGCGAUGUUCAAAGCCUGAUCGAGGAGCAAAUGACCCACGUGUAUAGAAUCGUAGGAAUCUGUUUAGGCAUCCCAAGUGAAUCUUUCACCUGGAACUACUACGACAAAAACAAGGCUUUCCACAGUGUUGGUCCCAUUACUCCAAAAGAAUUCUACGAUGUGCACAUCAAACCGUUAUACAAUAUAGACGACAAGGUUUGUUUAGUAACUGAUCCAAGAGCCACCAACGAAUACGGCAAAGUUUAUACAGUAGAUUGUCUAGGCAACGUAGUCGGCGGAAGAAGAUGCAUCUACAACAAUCAACCGGUCGAGCUCUUGCUGGACGUGACAGCUAAGAGUAUUAAGGAUGGCGAAGCUGUUUGGUUCGGAUGCGAAGUUGGCAAGAGGAAUUACGCAAAGGCUGGAAUUCUUGACUUGAAAGUUCACAACUUCCCAUUACUUUUGGGUGUCGAUAUUCAAACUUCCAUGAGCAAAGGCGACCGUUUGCUUUAUGGAGAAAGUGCCAUGACCCAUGCUAUGGUAUUUACUGCUGUACAUGUUGACGAAAAAGAUCAAGUAGAUCGUCUUCGUGUUGAAAACUCUUGGGGUGAAGAACGUGGAGACAAGGGUUACCUUCUAAUGACAGCAGAAUGGUUUAAAGAAUUUACUUUUGAGGUAGUUGUCGACAAGAAACACAUCUCCAAAGAAGUUUUGGAAGUCUUCAAUCAAGAACCCAUUGUUUUGCCUGCAUGGGAUCCUAUGGGAACUUUAGCUUGCUAGUUUUUUUGUUUGCUCAAAAACAUUAUCACGAUUUUGAUGUUUAUUAUAAUUUGAUGUGAAAAAAAAAUGUUAAUUUUUUGUGCUUAUUCAAAUAGUUACCAUUAUUGUGGACAGUGGUGCACUUUGCUUGCGUUUCAAUGAUGAAAUUUACCACAUCUCUUUUAUAUCUUUCGUAAAAAUAUUUGAGUUAUCAGGAUUUGAAUUCAAUUUAGUUUUUUUUUUUUAAAUAUAAAUUUUUACAAGUAAUUGAUGCUUAUUAGUUAUAGUUUAUUUUGCAAGAAUAGUUUGAUAAUAAUAAAUAAGUCAAUAUAUAAAUAAAACUGUUUUAUAAUGUA